CAAAGUAUAUGAAUCUCAUGCAUUAUUGAAGAACAACGAGAAGAUACGCAGUCUUUGCAAGGCCAACCAAAACAAUGAAUAAAGGGAAUAUUCUUCGAAAGGCCUUCUCUGAUGUUUCCUUGGAGAGAAAACGAAAUAUAAGCCAAAACGACGAGCAAGAACAAGAAGGAGAGGUAGAAGUGAACCAAGUGAAAUGUGAUUGUUGUGGUAUAGAAGAAGAAUGUACUAUGCAAUACAUAGCCAAAGUCAGAAACUUGUAUUCAGGCAAUUGGGUUUGUGGUCUUUGUGGCGAAGUAGUAACUGAGAGACUUCGGAAAGAUCCUCCAAUAGCCGCUGGGAUACAAGAAGCCUUUGACUGGCACAAAGGAAUUUGUGAUGCCUUCAAUUCUACUACAAGGGUGAACCCUAAACUCGACUUCACAAGAUCGAUGAGAGAGAUCGCUAAACGAAGCAGUCAGAACAGGAUGAUGUCAGACUUUUCGAUAGGAUCCAAAAUUGCUCGAACAAUCAGUUGUGAUCCAAGGCUCGAGACUUGAGCAAUAAUGAUGUAGACCCAAGCUGUAGUUAUUGUUAUUGUAAUUGUUCUAGUUAUUCUUAAAUAACAAAAAAAAAGUUAUAGUGUAUAUUGUUAUUUAUUAAUAAACAAAGAAAAAAUAUA